AACCUCCAGCUGAUAACGGAAUGCACACAGACAAGAGUAGUCAGGGCUGGUGAGGUGGAGUGGUCAGGCAGGCCGGGUCAGGAACCAUUGAGCAGACAAGGUACAAAGGAGCAGGCAGACCGUAGUCAGAUGGGCCGGGUCAGAGACAAUCAGGCAGACAAGGUACCAGAGGAGCAGGCAGGAGAGUGGUCAGGAAUAGCCGGGGUCAGCAACGUGCGCGGCAGCGAGGUACCGAAGGAGCAGGCAGAGAAUAGUCAGGGUCACAAGCCGGGUUCAGGAACUCACGGGCAGCGCGGUACAGAGGGAUCAGGCAGAAGG